AUGACGUCUGAGUUCAAUGACUCAUCAAUUGUUGGUAAGAAGAUCGAGAUGGAUACAAAGGAGCUUGGCCAAUUACUUAUCACCAAUGACAACCACUACGACAUCAAGGUGGUGUCCAUCGUAGGCACUGGCGGCAUGGGAAAGACCACCCUUGCCCAGAAGAUCUUCAAUGAGACAACAAUCCAACAAACAUCAAACUGA